UGAACCACAAAGCAAGCAGAGCCACUGUGCUAGCAAAAAUACAGAAAAAUACAGUCCAGAAGGGGCUUAACUGAAACAUGUGCCAUACCGGAGCUGGAAAACGAACAGUUUAGUCGAAAGGAGCGGACAGAAACGCUUGGCACACGGCCAGCCGGGAAAGCAACGGACGGACAGUUACUUAGCCGAAUGUGGGCUCCCUCGGCACGGAUAGCCUGGUAGUCAGGAGUCGCUCGGGGCAGGCAGUCGGAGCACGACGACGCGCUCGGCUCCCUUCGUUUUAUUUGCGAUAUCCACCUCUGUGCGCUCGAUUUACGAGGGAAGACCGGCAGCACGGUGUCGUGUUGGGUGUUCAACAUUACCGACGGUGGCCAGAAUUAUCGCCCGAUCACUAAACCACGAGUUUACGGCGGAGGGGAAAAGUUAUCGGUUAACAAGCAGUAAACUACCGCUGGGCAGCCGAUCUCCAUCUCCCAGCAGCGCUCCCUCCCCCUCCUCCACCAUCAGCGUCACCAUCAGCCCACCGUCAGUAGCUCUGUGCUGGGUCUCCAGGCGAGGAGGGUCCCCCCCAACGCUCGGGGUAACUCACCAAGCAGCUAUGGAUUAUUUUCUGCGGUUUUGUCCUUACUUUUGACUCCACCGGACUCUCGAAGACCGUUUCCCCCCCCCCCCCGGAGACGCUGCAAGACUUCCCCAAUACGAGCAGCCAGUCCACUCGCAGCCGUUAGCUUAUUAAGUACAUCGCCUCGUCUGAAAUCGAGCCAGUGUUACUGUUGGUGCCAGCUGGUGACUUUGCUUGCUACUGGCAGCGAGGACAUUUUAACGUGUCUGCUGAGCUGAAGUCAUUCCAACUAGAUGCAUCGUCUGAUUAAUCUCUAUACAUUUUUCGUUAGUUAGCCUACUGGCUAGCAGGUUUCAUUUUGCUAGCUAGCGUGGUAGCUAUCCAGCGGACGAACCCAAAUAUCGAUAUUGCCAACAGGCUAAAACGAGUUAGCUUUCGGGCGUGUGGGUUUGGCUUGUGAUUAGUUGAUUUAUACCCUCUUUCUUGGUCUGGAGUUGGUGCUAAACCCCUUUAAAGUGUUUAACCACAUCUUUUUUUUGGGCGACGCUUUUCGUGAUUGAUGAGCCGAUAAGGAGGAACAUUGCAGCCUACACAGGAAGCCAGCCAGCAGAAACGACGGCAACAUAAACAACAGCGGUGUGUGGAUUUUAGGGAAUGCGGGUCAUGAGUCCGGGCUCUUCUUUAACCUGUGCUUGUGUGGUUUUAUUUGUGCCAAAGCGCGCCUGAGAGAUUUGCAGUUUCGGUGCACCAGCCGAGAUAUAUUAAGGACGACGAGCUAGCACCCUGAUGUUACACAUUUCAACCUGUCGCCCAGUGUCCUUCCUCCUGAAUUUCCUCUUUUUUGGUCUCAGCGAUUGUUGUUUGAGACGAAGAGAACCAGCUACACGUGUUUUAUUACUGUAACGCUGGUUUUCUGCUGGUGUCGAGUCCCAUUUUUCCUGUGCAGCCACUGAAACAGGGACAUUUUUUUUUCUCGACCGCACAGUGUUUACAUUUUGAGGAGAAUCCCUGAAGCACAUGCCGCACUGGAGACAAACCAGUCGUUUGGACACAUUUCCAUCAAGAGGACCGGAGAAGUCCCCAGAGACCUGUGGGAUUUGACAGCUGUCUCCAGACCCAGCAUCUGGUGCAUCUACCUAUCUCUGUGAGACAUAUCACAUUACUAUAAAGCGAGGACGCGCUGGCCUCGGAACCACAUCUCAUCGGUCUCUUCCUUGCGUUAUUUUCCACCCGUUUUCUCUCAGAACGCCUCGAGAAGCCUGUAUUUGUGCACUGAAUGGGAUUACAGGGACGGUGAUCUGACGGGCCUUGUGGCUGUUAUUUCUCGAGCAGCCUGUCACCCAAUGUCUUCCCUCUCGAAUUUCCUUUUUUCUUUUACAAUGAUGGUAGUUUGAGGCGAAGUGAGCAGACUACAGCCGGAGACAACGACGCCGUUCCAGUCGAUGGUCAGCCCCGCCGCCCGCUCAGCUGGCCCUGUCGCGCACCUCGGCGCUUGAUGUUGGUCCUAUCUGGUGGAGGACAUUAUUUUUUAAUUCCCUAAAACAAAACCCAUCCCCAGCCCGGUUAUUUUAUUGAUUUGGUCGUCCCAGGGUCGAAAGAUGGCGGACCUCGAAGCAGUACUCGCCGAUGUCAGUUAUUUGAUGGCGAUGGAGAAGAGCAAAUCUACUCCAGCGGCCCGGGCGAGUAAGAAAAUCAUCCUGCCUGAGCCCAGUAUUCGCAGUGUGAUGCAGAAGUACCUGGAGGAGAGAGAUGAACUGACAUUUGACAAAAUUUUCAACCAGAAAAUUGGCUUCCUACUGUUCAAGGACUUCUGUAUGAACGAGAUCGACGAGGCCGUGCCGCAGCUCAAGUUCUACGAAGAAAUCAAGGACUACGAGAAGCUGGACUCUGAGGACGAGAGGUUGAGCCGCAGCCGGCAGAUUUACGAUGGCUACAUCAUGAAGGAGCUCCUGUCCUGUUCACAUCCUUUCUCUAAGAAAGCAGUGGACCAUGUGCAGAGUCACUUGGCAAAGAAACAGGUUCCCCCAACUCUCUUCCAGCCAUACAUAGUGGAGAUCUGUGACAGCUUGAGAGGGAAGAUCUUCCAGAAGUUCAUUGAGAGUGAUAAAUUUACUCGUUUCUGCCAGUGGAAGAACGUGGAGCUCAACAUCCAUCUCACCAUGAAUGACUUCAGCGUGCAUCGGAUCAUCGGCCGGGGCGGCUUCGGAGAGGUGUACGGCUGCAGGAAGGCCGACACGGGGAAGAUGUAUGCCAUGAAGUGUUUGGACAAGAAGAGGAUCAAGAUGAAGCAGGGGGAGACUCUGGCUCUCAAUGAGAGAAUCAUGCUGUCGUUAGUCAGCACAGGGGACUGCCCAUUCAUCGUGUGCAUGACGUACGCCUUCCACACCCCCGACAAGCUCUGCUUCAUCCUGGACCUCAUGAACGGGGGUGACCUGCACUACCACCUGUCUCAGCACGGCGUCUUCAGCGAGAAAGAGAUGCGUUUCUAUGCGGCAGAAAUCAUCCUGGGUCUGGAGCACAUGCACAACCGCUUUGUUGUCUACAGAGACCUCAAGCCAGCUAAUAUCCUGUUGGAUGAACACGGUCACGUUCGUAUCUCUGACCUCGGCCUGGCCUGCGACUUCUCCAAGAAGAAACCUCACGCCAGUGUCGGUACUCAUGGUUACAUGGCUCCAGAGGUUCUUCAGAAGGGGACGGCGUACGACAGCAGCGCCGACUGGUUCUCCUUAGGCUGCAUGCUCUUCAAACUCCUCCGAGGGCACAGUCCCUUCAGACAGCACAAGACCAAAGACAAACACGAGAUUGACCGCAUGACGCUCACCAUGAAUGUGGAGCUGCCAGACUCUUUCACUGCAGAGCUCAAAGAUCUGCUGGAGGGGCUGCUGCAGAGAGAUGUGUCCAAGAGGCUCGGCUGCCAGGGCCGAGGAGCCCCAGAGGUGAAGGAGCAUCAGUUUUUCAAAGGCAUUGACUGGCAGCAGGUGUACCUCCAGAAGUACUCCCCCCCUUUAAUCCCCCCCAGGGGUGAGGUGAACGCUGCAGAUGCUUUUGACAUAGGCUCUUUCGAUGAGGAGGACACCAAGGGCAUCAAGUUGCUGGACAGUGACCAGGAGCUGUACAAGAACUUUCCUCUGGUCAUAUCAGAGCGCUGGCAGCAGGAAGUGGCAGAGACGGUCUACGAGGCCGUCAACUCGGACACGGACAAGAGCGAGGCUCGCAAGAGGGCUAAGAACAAGCAGCUGGGCCACGAGGAGGACUACGCCCUGGGUAAGGACUGUAUAAUGCACGGCUACAUGCUGAAGCUGGGGAACCCGUUCCUGACCCAGUGGCAGCGCCGAUACUUCUAUCUCUUCCCCAACCGUGUGGAGUGGAGGGGGGAGGGCGAGUCACGGCAAAACCUGCUGACGAUGGAGCAGAUUGUGACGGUGGAGGAGACGCAGAUUAAAGACAAGAAGUGUAUCCUGCUGCGCAUCAAAGGCGGGAAGCAGUUCGUGCUGCAGUGUGAGAGCGAUCCGGAGUUCGUGCAGUGGAAGAAAGAGCUGACCGAGGCGUUCACAGAAGCCCAGAAGCUGCUGCGCCGCGCCCCCAAAGUCAUCGGCAAAGGGCGGGCCGGAGUGGUGGAGCUGUCCAAACCUCCCCUCACACACCGCAACAGCAAUGGCCUGUGAAUACACACCCACAUAUAUAAACACACACACACACACACACACACACACACACACUGCAUCCCCCCUCCCCCCUCCUCCUCAUCAGCAGCAGGACAUUUGCCCUGACACCUUCCCACCGCCCGCCCACGACGCCUCGCAGUGUGAGCUGACCGUGCCCACCAGCCUCUUACUGAACACACACACACUCUCACACACACACACACACACACACACACACACACACACACACACACACACACACACAUCAUGAUGACCAAUCAUAAGCGCGAUAUAGUUUUUUUUUCUCUGCCAUGGGACCCUGCCAGUCAGAGAGAGGGAGUAAGGACACGACGCGAGGAGAGACACAUUCAGGAGGACUCAGCAUGUGAAGACCCUCUGCAUGAAUGUGACGAGGACAAACGCUGGUCCUCUCUUGUCCUUGUCUUUCUCUUCUUCACCGCCGUCCCCGUCUCCCCGUCUCCUCCUGCCCCCCCCCCCACCACCCCGCCCUGUUUGAAUCAGGUGAACCUGGAACCAGGACCCACAGUAUCCUGACGGACUCCUCCGAAACCCCACAGAGCUGAAGAAGUGAUUCCUGUUGUACCGGCUAAGACGCGGCCCUGUCCUCUCUGUCUCUGAGGCGAUGCAGAGGAGACCAGGCUUUGGUGGGGAAUGUAUUUCUGUGAGAGAAACAACAACAACAACAAAAAGGCUGCUCAGCUGGUUCUUCUCAGCCCUCCCUCUAACCGUUCCUGAAGUGCGUGAAGUGCCAACAUCAAUAUCUACUUGAGUCACCUGAGCACCCAGGAGGCCGCUUCGGUGGCAGAUAUUGCCCCUGAUACACAGAGGCGGGGGUGUUUGCGGGGGCGGGGGUGGUUGAUCAUUCCAGCGCAGAAAACCGGAAGUUUUAGGACCACAGACUCUUUCAGAUUGGCUCGUGUACAGCCAGUUACCAUAGAGACUGAGAUUUCAUUGGCUGACAAACAGCAGCCGGUUGCUAUGGGAACCAUGAAGACUGGUAUACCUGGGGAUUGGUUACCAUGGACAACGGUGUAACUAUUGUGUAUGAAGGCUAUACUUGCAGAAAAAGAGAUGACAGCAGAGGGAGGGGAGGGAGGGAGGGGGGAGGAAGUGACUCUGAGUGUAUAUAAACAACCCUUUCUCUGUGCAUCUCCAGUGUUUCAGUCUGACGUGUUUGCAUUAUCGGGGACUUCUCUGUCUGCCUGUUUGUGAAUCUGUCCUGGCUUUCGGGGAAGGGAAGAGGAAGAAGAGGAGGAAGAGGAGGAGGAGGCUCGUUUUCCUGCUGGGAGGGGGAGGUCGGGGAGGGUGGGGGAGGGAGGGCGUGGACAGGCAGGAGUGCGCUGGCUUUCAAUCACUCGCAGCGCUGCAUUACCUCAGCUGGACUGUGUCCAUUCAAAGACGUGGAGGCGAGAGCCGAGCGCCGCGCUCCGUGUUCGUCCCUGUUGGACACUGUCUCAGUCAGAUGGUGUGGACAGAGUGAGCGCGGGGAGGAAAACGAGGAAGACGAGCUGAAACUAAUUAAAGGAAAAUUCACCCUCAAAUACACCACACACAGAUUUCAUGGUCUCCGACGUUCGAGACAUUUCAGGAGUCUGUCUCUCUGGUUGUGUUGUACUUUGUGUGUGUGUGUGUGUGGGUGUGGGUGUGGGUGUGUGGGUGUGGGUGUGGGUGUGGGUGUGUGGGUGUGUGUGUGUGUGGGUGUGGGGGGGCAUUCAGCUGCACGUUGUACACUUAGGUCAUCAGAGCAGGAGAAAAAAAACGGAGCUGUCGAUUAAUCGGCAGAUUAUUUUCUCUGUGAAUAAUUUGAUCUUGGGGGGCUGAGUUUGGGCUGAGGAGAUGAAGAGCUCCCAGGUUUUAUUCGACCAGACUCCAAAACCUGAAAACACUUUGUUUACAAACCACAUGAGAAAAAAAAGCUUCACGUCUGAAGAUGCAAACAGGAAAAUGCCUAAAAAGACGAAUUAAAGGUUAGAAAACUGUUCCCUGUCGAUCUGUUGUGGACUAACUGCUGCGGCUCUGAUGCUGAGCGUUGCAUUCUGGGCUUUCGAUCCACACUGAGUCCGAUUGUCUCUCUGAACAUCAGGACUGAUGAGAUCUUUCUCCUGCUGCUCCUCCACAGUGAAUCAGGUUUUACCUGGAAAUCAACACUCACACGUUUUUAUGUUCCAGACACUGUGGACCCGACCCGAAGCACUGAUGUCUGAGGUUUACUGUCCGUGUUUUUAGAAAGCAUCUGCUUCAUCAGUGUUUCCUGCCCAGAGGCUCCUGCCCCCCCCCCCCCCCCCCCCCCCCCCUCUCUGCCCCCCCCUCAGUGGUGUUUCAGGGUGGAGUUUCCCUCAGUCUUUUUCUGAUCUUACAUCUUUUGGUUCCUGAAUGCGACACAGUUCAGAUGAGGUGAAACUUUUUUCUUUCUUUCUUUCUUUCUUUUUUUUGGGGGGAGGGGGGAGGUUUACAGUUUCGCCAGCGCCGCGGACCUCAUCGAAGUUUGUAGUCAAAGGGCAGAAACGCGCACAAUCGUAGUGUUAAGGAACCCGCGGCAGAGGAGCGAGAACAGGAACCUGUCUGUCGUUGGAUACAUUCAGAAAUUUCAGGGUUUUUAUUUUUCAUGCAGUACAGUGUCCUCGUCUGUGACGUCCAUGCAUUUCCACAGCUGUGAUGUGUGACCUGCAGUAGGAAAAGGGUUGAUAAGGGGUGCGUUGUGAUUGUGUUGGGUUUUUUUUUUUUUGUAGCCUUUACCAGUCAGGGGGAGAUAUUAUCAUCUUAUAGAGAAAUGUUGUCACCUCUCAAGGUGUCUUUUAUUUUUGUAAACCAAAAUGGUUUUUAUUGUUUUCAUUGAAAUUUAUGUUGUUGCACCUUUUUAGCCCAAUGUGUUACUUAAUAGUUGUUAAAUGUGCCAAAUAACUGUUGCUGAUUGAGUGGAACCAAUGGGAAGCCUCCUUUUCUGACCUUCUCGCCACGAAUACACACACACACACACACACACACACACUCGAGUUCACACACACCAACUUCGCGGUGGAAGUUUUGAUGGGUACAAAACUGUGACCAAACUCUCUGUGGAGAGGAGGUGUGUGUGUGGGUGUGUGUGUGUGUGUGCGGCUCCGUCCACACACACACAGACACACACACCACCCAGCUCUGCUCUCCACGUGUUCCUAAACGUUUCCUCUCACACUGUAUGUUUGUCAUGUGAGUGUGUGUGAACAUACGAGCGCUUCAUUAUUGCGUUGUAUGUUCAUCCAGUGGACUUUUUUUUUUUUUGUCAUUCACAGAUUCUCAGCUCAAACAUGCUCAACACAAGACAAUUUAAAAAGGAUGGCAAAUAGGAAAAAAAUCAAAGUAUAUAUAAAUAUAUGUGUAUAUGAAAUGACAAAAUGCUCUAGGUUUAUUUAAAAGAUUUAAUGUAGAAAACAAAAUGAAAUUGUUCGGGGGAGGUCGGGGUUUGAUGUGAGUAUAAUUGUUUGUGGUGAAGACUUCAGCUCGAAUCUUGCACAUAAAGACUUUAGAUAUUGUACCUGCGAGUUCCAGAUGAUUAUUUUUGUUUAAAUACCGGACUCUUUGCUCUUUCAUAUUUAUUGCGUGUGUGGGGAGCUCUCUCGCUCCAUCUCUCCUCCACGUGUUGGAGCUCUCAGCCGAGAGCUCGCUGUAGAAAAUCCUCCGAUUUCCACCCAUCAGAAACUCUAUUUGUUUUUCAUAUGCCACAGACAAACACACAUACUACUGGCUUUGGGUUGUUAUUAUUACCAUUAAGGUUAUGAUAAUACUGAUAUAUAAUUGAUAAUAUUAUUCAAUGAUUAUUAGUAAAUUUAUUUUAUUUCAAUGAUUUUUUUUUUGUUUUUAUUUUGUUUUUGAGACAGGUAGGAAGUUGCGUGUUGGACUGCUUGUAAAAACAGUUCAGAAAUAAAACUCCUUUUUCCGUGUU